ACCAAACCGCCAUAAUCAACACUAUUAAUCUCCAUAUUCAAUUGAAAUUUGAAAUAAGCACCUGAGGAAGCAAGUCCUUGAAAUGAAGUUGCAUAAAAUGGGGGCCCAGAAAGUGAAGAUAGGAGUGCUCGUCUUCCUAUCAUGGGCUGCCAUAGUGGCAGCGGACGUAGAUUGCACCACCGUGGCAGGGCUCCUCUCAGCUUGCUCAACGUUCAUUAACUACGGCUCACCAGAUCCCCUUCCAGGCUCACCAUGCUGUGAUGCGAUGACUAGCCUGAAUUCUGUUGCAGAAUCUGGUAAUAAUAGAAGUUCCGUUUGUAGAUGCUUCAUGGGCCUCAUUACCACCUACAAUCCAAAUGCUACAGCAAUAGCUACUUUGCCAGGCUUUUGUGGAAUAAGUCUGGGCUUCGUGCUUGAUCCUAAUACAGAUUGCACUUACUCCCGUUGAUGUUGGCUUGGAGGAAAGAAAAUAAGAGUAAGAGGCGGAAUAAGAAGUUUGCCUUCAUAUACACUUUGUUGACAUAUAGAAAUAAAGAGAUGAUUAUCAUUCCUUGUAGAAUUUGCAUGUAAAAAGAUGAAUUGGUAGUUUCUCUUUUAUGUUUGUCUACCGAUUCUAAGUUUACUUUUGGGAUCUCUCCAUCAUCCCUUUCUCAUUCAGUUUGGUCAGAACUAAUAAGUAUGUCAAAGUUAGGGCUCCAAAAUUAGCUGUUGGAUAAAAGAGGAGCAUAUUUUAAGAAGCUUGAUCAACAUUUUCUAGCUAUAUGAAAAGGAGAGGUAGGUUUGUACGAAUCAAUUUAUGGAUUCAGUCCAUAAAAUUCUGAGCUUUUAAACAACGAGCUUCUCGAGUCCUUCCAGUCCUAAGAACUAAAUGGAGCAAGAAGAAGCUGUUCCUGUACUAUAUUUACCGUAAUGUAAUAUCCUGUAGUGACGAGUCUUUAUGGGGUCGGAGUUGGUUUUUUCUUUUACUUCUGCCGAAAGGGAAUGAUUAGAAGGUUUAAAAUGGUAAAAGCAAAAGAAUCUGUUUCAGGACGAGCAAUCCAUUCUCUCAAGAUUUGCAAUCACUGCAUUCACGGAUCAUUUCCUAAUC